AUGGACAGGUGGUACCUGGGUGGCAGCCCCAAGGAGGAUGUGGACCCAUUCUCCUAUGACUAUGAGACUGUCCGCAACGGGGGCCUGAUCUUCGCUGCCCUGGCCUUCAUCGUGGGGCUUAUCAUCAUCCUCAGCAGACGAUUCCGCUGCGGGGGCAGGAAGAAGCACCGGCAAGUUCACGAAGAUGAGCUGUAA